UGUACUAUGAAAAAGGUAAAAACGAGCUAUUCUAGAUAAUUUUAAUAAUUUGUAGCAUACUACUUAUUAAACCAUGUUCAACGUCAACAAUAUUUGUAUAUAACAUCAUUAACUUAAAACUUACAAUCGUUGAUUAUAACUAUACACUACAAGACAUCGUUUGGUAAUCAUUUCAGCAACGGAUCUAGGAAAACAAAGCGAGUCUUCUUCUCCGUGUCGUAUCCAGACAAAUAUCGAAUCUUUAAGAACAUGACAUUUGAUAUAAGCUUAUUGGAGCCUAACGAAGUUUGCAUAAACUUGAAAUUGCUUAAGCGAUUUUGUUUUUUUCAUCUAUGUGAUCCAAAGAGCAAAACACUUUUCAAUUUAAAUGUUUACCAUAUGGCUUAUUACAUCAUAAGUUUCUUAGUUGGUAGUUUAGUAAUUUAUGGAUUAAUGGGUUAUGUUACUGAGAAGGAAAAUGCAUUUAAUAUUGCUAACGACAUACAGAUAAUGUUUGUUUGCAUACUAUAUUAUACGUGUUUAAUUAUAAUAUUUACAUUCAUUUAUAAUGCAAAUAACAUUUGGAAUUUACUCAAUGUAAUUAGAAUGCAUUUUUUGAGCAGCAUACAGUGUCAAAAACAUAUUGGAAUUCUCCAAAAAUAUCGCAAAAAAUCAAUAAAAAUUACAAAUUACAUAAGUUUUUUAAUAAUAUUAUCUAGUGUCUUAUGGUUCUUGUAUCCUCUAGUGCUGAUGUUAUUUCAAAAAGAAGACGCAUACAAAUCAAAUCAACGCUUUGAGAAUAUUUUCAACUUUCGGUUCCCCGUGACCAAUAGUUACUAUAAUAAUAAUUUUUUUAUAUUUUAUAUUAUUGAGUUAUCUAUUGGAUUGCCUCUAGCCUACAUGCAUUUAGUGAGUGGAGUUUUCUUUAUUUCUCUUUGUUGUGUUUUGAUUGCUCAAUAUGAGAUGAUUCAAAAAGCUUACAAAAAUGUCAACAGUGAACUGAAUUAUGAAAAUAGCAUUAAACACAAAAAUGAUGUUAACAUUAACGAUUGUUUUGAUGAUUUAGUAUCAAUUAUGAAGGAUCAACAAAAACUUUUUGAGAAAUUAAAAUUAUUUCAUUCUACGUUUAAGCUUGUCAUUUUAUCAAAUGUUGUGGUAUAUUCGUGGUCUAUCAUAAUUUUAAUAUAUUCAUCCACUCUGAUAUUAUUUACGUCAUCAGAAUCAAUACCAAUGCUUACUAUAAUCAAAUUGUUAACAACAUUUGGAACCGUUAUUGUUCUUUUACUACUCCUUUGUUAUUUAUUGGAGCGCAUUAAUAACAUUAAAGAGUCUGUCCAUUUCGGGAUGUAUAAUUGUAAUUGGACAUCAAUGAAUUUAAGAUCGAAAAAAAUGUUAUUAUUAUCAAUGCAGAUGAAUAAUGCUAAUAAAUUGAUGAUUAAAAUAACACCGAGAAAAAUCAUCGACCUACAAUUUUUUAACAGCGUGAUAAUCACAUGCUAUAACAUUAUCUCAGCUAUGUUGAAUAUAACUUCUAAAUAAAAAGAAGAUGAAGUAAUAUCAACAAAAUUUCAACAGACAUUUCGAUUCAUUUUAUUAUUUUUAUUAUUAAUAAUGAUAGUUUAUGUAAUCAUUGUCAAUGGUACAUAUAUUAGACGCAUUUUUAUCAAAAUUUUGUCUCACUUCUUCAUGUUUAUAUAUAUAUUAACUUAUUGUAUAUAUGCACCUUAUGUUAGAAUUUUGAUAUGGAUUAUCAAUUAUUAUAAUUAACACUGUAAAUGCAUAUCAAUGCAAAUCUC